UCGUCAAUUCUAUUUGAACCGUAUCUAUUUUAAUUCAAGUCAUAUAAAUCUUAAAAACUCGUAAUUGGUCGGAUAUACAUAGCUCUCGCCUCACGUCACCUUCAGUACCUACCUACCUAUCUAACUCAGACGCUUAUAAGAUGUCGGCAAGACUGCUCACACGAACACGAACCUUCAUGCCGCGCCAUGCCCUCGGCGCCGGCAUCGUCGGCCUAUCCCUUGGAACGAGUAUGGUGACGUUCAGACAGCCGAAGCUGAGAAUGGAUGCGAGAGAUACCCCGCGGCCGAUGAGCAGUCUUCCUCCUACGAAAGAGAGCUUAGACCCUGAUCUCUUAAAGCAGCUCUCUGGCGGGAGCAUUACAGGGUUCAUCUCAGGACUCCUUAUUAGUAUUUUCUCACGGACGUUGGUACUACUUAUAGGUCUCACCGCGGUAGUCGUCCAGGUGGCUUCGAGAUAUGGUCUUGAUCUAGUAAAACAGCUAAAGUUAAAGCAACGGUUGGGUAAUUCACGCAUAUUAAAGGCCUUGGAGAAGAAUCCAGCAUUUAAUUUAUCUUUUGGACUAUUCUUCGCAAUGUCUGCUUUUAUGCAAUUCUAGCUCUUCGCAUACCUUAGGUACCUAUCUAGGUAAAUAGCAAUCGACAGAUAGAAUCAGAAGGGGAAAUAAGCCUCAAUUUCAGAAAGGUUGCGUUUCCCUCUUCAGCCACUCUGUGGUCAACCCGUCAUUCUCAAAGUACCCUUUUGUCUUAUUCCAGAUGUCAGCGUUAUAGUCAUUCAGCCAUGCCUUCUCUUCGCUCGUCAGAAGAUUAGGGUCGAUGAGUUUGCGGCAGUACGGCACCAUGGUAACAUGCUCGAAGCCGAGGUAUGGCUUAUCGCCGAACUUGUACUUGGUCUGUACUUCCUUGACCAUAAUGAUAUUCUCGAUCCGAAUACCGAAUGAGCCGUCCUCGUAAUAGCCAGGCUCGUUGGAGAUGACAUUUCCAGCCGAUAGAGCAACUUCUGAGUACUGUACUCUCGUACCGAUACCGAUUGGCCCUUCAUGCACAUUCAGAUACGAACCAACACCAUGGCCAGUACCAUGACGGUAGUCAAGCCCUUGAAGCUAAAUCACUGAGUAAGCAAAAUUGGUAGUUCACAGAGUGAGAAUUUAGACGUACCCAUAGAUGUUGGCGUGCGAGGG